UAUGGGACUGGUGAGGUGAGUGAGGAUAUAAAGAAGAGUUUUGACCCCACCUUUCCGUGUCGAGUUGUGGUUUGAGCCGAGAAGAAGUGUGUAACACAGGUCUGAGCCAUGUGGAAGUUGGCUGCUCUACCGAUACCACAGAAGAUACAGUUUCAUGGGCAACCAGCAAAUCGACUGAUAGAGAACCCGUUCCCAACGUACAAAGGCACCCUUGUUCAGAAGACCAGGCAAAAUGGAGACCCCAAGGCCAAGGUGUUCCGGGCUGCUCACGUGCCGGCGGGCAAUCGCGAUUCGACAGUGCUCGUGUAUUCCUACACCAGUACACCGCCUGUAACCGGCGGCACCUAUGUUGUACUGCAGUUCAAAGAGUCUGGACUGUACUUUGCCUCCAAGGGCAGGAGCUGGUACCCCAGGCUAGUUCUGCAGGAGGGUGAGGAUGCCACAAAGAUCACAUCCACUGCCGACCCACGGGUGUUCCUGAUGAAACCGACUCAGAACAGUGCAAAGGAUUUCGUGUUCGCCUCGUGUGUCGCCUCGAAACAAAAGCCGGACGAUCCCAGCAAGGCCCGCGUCAUCACUUUGUCCAGGAACAAAGAUAAGCCCGCUGUAUUAAAGCUCGAAGAAAAAGGACCGUCUUUGGAAUCGCAGUAUUUCAAAAAGAAAGUCGCAAGGGGGCGCUCGCGUCGUGGCGAGCAGUCUGACGAAUGUCAAGUGCAGGAAGAACAGCAUCGCAACUAG